UGCUGCACAUGACUCUUAAACUCCUGAUCGGAGGAUUUUUUUAAACACACCCAUAUAAUCUGACCUAUCGUCUCAGUUUAGCAUUUGAUUGUUCUAACAAAGAUUGAAUUGGGUUUUUAUACCUGAGUAAACUUAAUUUUGUGUGUGUUUACUCCUUAUUUUAGUAGGUGUUGUCCUGGAUUAUUGUUUCCAAGAUCCCAGCGCAAACUAUUCAAGGAAAUAUCCCAAAUAUAUACACCUUCCCACCGCUGCUCGCUAUUGCUCGAUGCUGGAAACAUCUAGAUGGAUUGUCAUUGGCCCACUGCUACAGAAAAUUAUGGGAAUUUGCCUUGUUGGAAAAACCGACACAAAAUUGGAAAUUGGCAACAGGUACACUUGAAAUACAAGUUCCUCUCUGAAUUUAGCCUUUUGUUCAGGAUCAUCUGAUCAGCAACAAUUGGGAUCAUGGCUGCCACAGGGAAUGCUUUCCAGCUUGCCUUGGUGUUUUUCUUACUCCUGAUCGGGUUGCCUGUUGUGGAAGCUUUGGAUACAGGCGAUGCGCUAGCCCUCCUGCUGGCUAUGUUUCUCAGUUGCAUUGGACUCUGUGCCUGCCUGGGCUUAUACGCAAGAAAACGCAACGGAGAGCUGUGACUUAAGCAAAAGAUGUCCUGGUUAAGCAUAGCUACCUUGUUUGAUGAGCUUCUGGAUGUUUCCAGUACUGGAGUGCCACUCAUCAAAUCCUUAUUGACAUGCUCUGUUCAGGAGUAGGGUCUGUGCCUGACUGGAAAAUCUUGGAGAAUUGAGCCCCAAGCUUAUAGGAAGACAAUUAUUUAAUAUUUCUUGGGAUUAACAUGCUGAUUUAAGAGGGAAACUGCUUGUUUUGGUUGGAUAGGGGGAAAAAACAGUAUAAAUUCACAAAUACACAAGGUGCAAUGGGGGAUUCUUUGGGGGGGAUGAAAGGCAGUCUGGAUGGAGGUCAAUGUGAAGAAACUCCAGACUAUUUAUAGUCUUGGAGAAUAUAACAAACCCUCCUAGUAGUUCAUUUGGGGAUUACUUUGAUUAGCUUCCUGUGAUUAAAUUUAUCUUUUUAACUCCCUCCCCCCAAAUUAAACAAAUGUUUGUGGUAAGGUCAAGCUACUGUGUAUCCCCCCCUCCUCCAAAAUCUUCCUGGUAUAAUUAAUUUUUAAGAGCUGGAUAAUUUUCUCCUUAAGUGUUUGGCAAAUGGUCUCUAAUGGGUAAAAUUAUUGGGAGCAUAUCUUACACAAGCUUUGUUGAAAUUGAUACCUAGUAUGGCUUUUUUCUGGUAUGCUCCUUAAUCUUAAUUUCAAUAGAGCAUGCAUGGGAAUUCCUGAUAGAUCAGGCUCUUCAAAAUAGUUGCAAGGGAAGAUGCUUAACUGACCAAAUGUUUUCUAUGUAUUUUUUAUUUAUUCUUGCUUUGCAUUGUUUCCAGCAUCACUCUUAGUAUUUUAUCAAUAUUAAAUGGGGUGGGAAUUCUCAGUAUUUGAAAGGUAUUAAAUGAGGUGAAGGAUCACUGAUAACCACAGUGAAUCAGUGCCACAGGGAAUGCUUUCCAGCUUGCCUUGGUGUUUUUCUCACUCCUGAUCGGGUUGCCUGUUGUGGAAGCUUUGGAUACAGGCAAUGCACUAGAUUAUUAUCCUGGAUCUUCCAGUGUAACUAAAUCAAUAAACUCCACAAGUUGUAUGGUUUAAA